AUGAAAAUGUCGUUCCCGAACCCCGACGAUAUCCUCAACUUUACUCUGACCAUCGAACCGGACGAGGGCAUGUACAAGGAUGGCGUCUUUCACUUCAACUUCACAGUCAAUCAAAACUUCCCUCACGACCCGCCAAAAGUCAAGUGUACCCAAAAGAUUUACCACCCGAAUAUCGACCUUGAGGGCAAUGUGUGCUUGAACAUCCUGCGCGAGGAUUGGAAGCCGGUGCUGAACUUGAACGCAGUUAUCGUGGGAAUGCAGGUUCGUGCCAACAUCCUUCCAUAUGAGACGCCCCCGGAGUCGCGGCUUAGCAAUACUAACCUGGAAUGUCACCGAAGUUCCUCUUUCUUGAGCCCAACGCAUCCGAUCCUCUGA